AUGAAUUCCAAAGAGCAGAGUGAAUUAAUUCAACGACAAAGACAAGAGAUUGCUGUUAUUAGGGAAGAAGUUGACAAUAAAUUAGAUAACCUUCAGGAAUCACUUAAAGUUAAUGAAAAGACAUUUUUAGAAAUGAUGGUUCUUGAAGGGAAUAGUAAAUUAAGAAUAGUAGAGACUAUAAAACAAAGUAUCCCACAAACUGAAGAUACUGUAAUUGCAACAAAUCAAUUAGAAGAAUUGUUACAAGGAUUUCUUCAAAUGCAUAAAGACGGAAGUUCUAAAAUUGAACAAAUUUUAGAAGGAGUUGUUAACGAUUUUAACAGAAUCAAAACUGAUAUGUUAAUCAGUAUCGAUGUCUCAUUAAGAAGCAUGGAAAAACGAUUAAAAAAAUAUGAAGAACAAUUCAAAGAAAUAGAAAGGUUCCAAAAGUCACUUGGUAGUUUUAGUCCUAAAGAAGUUACAAUUGAAUUUAUUGAUGGAGAAGAAACUAUUGAUGAAAACGUCAUACAAAGUGGUCGUUGUCAAAAUAGUUUUUUUGCUAAAUAUAUAGCUUUUAAACAAGAACCCAAGGGGGAUGAUUUAGAUGAAAUAAAAGAGCAAAACGAAGAAUCUCAAAAUGAAGAAAAGACAGUUACUGAAGAGAUUGAAUCAGAUAAAACAGAAAAGAAGAAAAUUAGAAUAAAUAGAAGUAAGGAACUUUUCAAAUAUGUGUUAAUGUAUCUAACUAAAGGUGAAAUUAUUUGUAAUGAUAAAAGUCUUAAUGAAAUUCAAGCCAUUGUCAAUGAGUUAAUGGAGUAUGGAAUUAAUUCUGAUGACAUUUAUGAUUCAAUGAAAAAAUGUGUUAAUGCAUUUAUAUUAAGUCAUAAUGAAUUAACUAUUAAAGAAAUAUGCACGUCCAUCAAUCUUCAAGACUAUGAACAACUCUUUAUUCUUCAAAAAUCAAGUUUGGAUUGUGGAGAAUUUGAGAAAAAAAUAUUUGAAUUAAUACUAUCGAAACAAACAAUCAAAUCAGCACAAGAAAUAAUAAACGACAUGAUUUUCAAUGGAGGUGUUCAUAUUGAAAAGAUACAUAAAAAGGAAUUGAUUGAUUUUAUUGUUUCUUCUUUACCAAAACGAGGUUCUAUUAAAUUUAAGGUUUCAAAUGGAAAUAUGUUAGUUUCAGGUUCAACAAUUACUAAUAAAUUACAUAAACAGUUCAAUACUGCAAUGAUUCCUGAACAAGUUUCAGCAUACACAGCUAGAGUUGCUGCACCAGGAAAAUCAGGAAUUUGUAAUGCUAUGUAUAUUGGAUUCACCUAUGCCACUCCAGACACUAUUCCAGUAGGGCAGCAAUGGGUUAAAAUGGGAUAUUAUAUGUCUAUUUAUAAUGGAAAUUUAUAUUCUGAAAAAAUAAAUCCAAACACUCCUAACCAUCAAUACUACAAUUCUGAAAUUACAAUGGAAGAUUCUAUUGUUUGUUGGUAUUCAAAGGAAGACAAAGCUAUUGGAUUUAUCAUUAAUGGUGUUUUGUUAAAACCUGCUUUCAUUGGAAUAACUCAAACCGAGUUAUAUCCAAUCGUUGUAAUGUAUGAAGCUGAUCAAUCAUUUAUUCUUGACAGCUUUAUCCCUCUUAAAUGA